UUCAUAGCCUGAUUACGCCCCAAAGGCCCACCUCCAAAUACCAUCACACUGGGGAUUCAGUCUCAACAUAAGAAUUUUGAUAGGAUACAAAUAUUCAGUCCCUAGCAGGAGCGCAGAGAGGCAGGAGGAAGGAGUAGGAGAGUCAGGAGGCCCCUCGAAAGUUGACUUUCUGAAAGAGAAUGAGGCUGGAUUGUUCCAGCUUUGCAGAGGCCAGGAGGUGAGCGCCAUUGUGGGAACUGCAAGUUCAGCUGGAGUAUAGAGAGCAAGGUGGGGAGAGGGAAGCAGUGGCCAGGUCAGCUUCGGCUUCUUGAAUUCUGGACUUGAUCCUAAUGUCAAGCUUCCCCAAGGGGAGCUGUAGAGGCUAUAGAGUGGUUCUAGGUGUGGCAGUGGCAGGUAAAUGUGUGCUUUAAGAAGGUCAUUCUGGCUGUAGGAUCAAGAAUGGCUGGGGAAAGAGGAGGGCAGGAGCAGAGGGACAUGGGGUAGCUGCUGUGGGGACAGAGACAUGUUAAGGUUAGUAACGUUUUAAAUUGAUAGUAACCUAAAUGCAUAAGUAUAUAAAUCUUAUGUGUCCAUAAGAUGAAUGUUUACAAUUUUAGAGUUCCAUGUAACCACCCUGCAGAUGAACAUAGAUCUUUUACAGGUCCCCCAGCCCUUCCUAUCCCCGACCCCAGAAAAUUUCCCUCGUGACUCUCUCCAGGGUGUCCUUCUCCCUCCCCUGGGGAACCACUGCUCUGACUUAUAUCAUCACGGAGUAGUUCUGCCUUUUUUUUGAAUAUUUGCAUAUAUCUUGUGUCUGGCUUCUUUCACUCGGCAUGAUGUCUGUGAGAUGCAUCUGUGUCGUGUGCAUCCAGGAGCUGGAGCUCUUUUUUUUUUUUUCUCCAGUGUGGAAUAACACAUUCACUGAGCACUUAUCACUAAUCUAAGAACAUGUGACAUGUGUUGAUGCUUCUCAACCUCCCAACCCUAUGAGGUCUUAAGACAAAGAAUUGGAGGCACAGAGAGGUUAAGGAACUUGCCCAGGAUUACCCAGCCAAUUAAUAGUGGAGCCAGAGUUCAAAAGCAGGUAGUCUGGUUCUGGAGCCGAAGUUCUUAACACUAUGCCAUGUGGCCUCCAUUAUACCUACUGGGUCUGUCCCUGGCUUUGUGUGGAUUAAAUAGAUUUACGUGAACUCCCAGGUAUGGGGUGCCUGGAUGUAGAUGGAGGGAGAGAGAGGAAGGAGUUGAGGAUGACUGCAGGUUUCUGGCUUGAGUGACUGGGUGGGUGGUGGGGCUGUUACUAAGAUAGGGAACACAGGAAGAGGAACAGAUGGCAUGGGGGGUGGGGAACAGAGACAAGGGGUUCGAUUUGGGGCCUGCAGAAUUUUAUGUUUCUAGGGGAUAGCUGGGCGGAGACACCAAGUGGGCAGCGGGUCCUGGGGGAUCUCAGGCUGGGAGUGUGGUGAAGGAGGCGUUCACGGCCCUGUAGAUGGCAUCUGGAACCUGGGAAAGGAUGGGGUCUCUUGGCAGGAUGCAAUGGGGACAGGAUGUGUGGGUGGUGUUUGUCCAUAUGUGUGUUUCCGUGUGGUCUGUGCAUGUGUGUACACGUGUGUAUGCCUGCCUCUGGGUCAUGAAUCCCCCACCUCCUGGGAGAGCCUGCAGGUCAGCUGGGAGCUGGGUUGUUUUUGUUUGUGGUUUGACCCUGCGGGGCGGGGGGGUGCCAAGCCUGAGAAACUACCCACGGAGAAGCCCCCGGAAACAUCUGUGAGUCUUCUUCCCCCAGGCCCAGGGUGGGGGAUUGGCCAGGGAGGGAGAUUUUCUUGUUCUCUCACGCUUGCCUAGGGGAGGCUGUCCCUGGGGUAAACAUUUUCCAGUUAGUAAGGUUGACAGCAAACCCUACAGGAUUCGGGGACUUGGUAGGUGGCUGGGCAGAGGGGGAAGGAGUGCUUGGAAAGGACACCUGAGUAGAGGAGACCAAGACAGCCUUCUGGUUGGUUUUUCCUGUUCUCUCUCAUUUCCUGUGAUGGCAGUGGGGGAAGGGUUCCCCAGCAUUGGGGCCUCGGCCUCAGCUUCAACUUCCUUUCCCUUUCCCUCUGGUGACCUCCCCGAAGGCCCAGCUGGAGCAACAGACACAAGGCUGUCUGUCCCCAGACCCCAGAGCACCUCCGGCACCACCAUGACUGGGCUGUUGAAGAGGAAAUUUGACCAGCUGGAUGAGGACAACUCCUUGGUCUCCUCCUCCUCCUCUUCCUCUUCCUCUGGGUGCCAAUCUCGCUCCUGCUCCCCAAGCUCAAGCUCUUCUGUCUCCCGUGCCUGGGACUCAGAGGAGGAAGGCCCCUGGGAUCAGAUGCCCCUGCCUGACCGUGACUUCUGUGGCCCCAGAAGUUUCACCCCCCUGUCUAUCCUGAAGCGGGCUCGCCGGGAGCGCCCAGGCCGUGUAGCCUUUGAUGGGAUCACCGUCUUCUACUUUCCCCGUUGCCAGGGCUUCACCAGUGUGCCCAGCCGUGGUGGCUGUACUCUGGGUAUGGCCCCUCGCCACAGUGCCUGCCGCCGCUUCUCUUUGGCUGAGUUUGCACAGGAGCAAGCCCGUGCACGGCACGAGAAGCUCCGCCAGCGCUUGAAAGAGGAGAAGUUGGAGAUGCUGCAGUGGAAGCUUUCGGCAGCCGGGGUACCCAAGGCAGAGGCAGGGCUACCACCUGCGGUGGAUGCCAUUGAUGACGCCUCUGUGGAGGAGGACUUGGCAGUCGCUGUGGCAGGUGGCCGGUUGGAAGAAGUGAGCUUCCUACAGCCCUACCCAGCCCGGCGACGUCGAGCUCUGCUGAGGGCUUCGGGCGUGCGAAGGAUCGAUCGGGAGGAGAAGCGAGAGCUGCAGGCACUGCGCCAAUCCCGGGAGGAUUGUGGCUGUCACUGCGAUAGGAUCUGCGACCCUGAGACCUGCAGCUGCAGCCUAGCAGGCAUCAAGUGUCAGAUGGACCACACAGCAUUCCCCUGUGGCUGCUGCAGGGAGGGCUGUGAGAACCCCAUGGGCCGUGUGGAAUUUAAUCAGGCGAGAGUUCAGACCCAUUUCAUCCACACACUCACCCGCCUGCAGUUGGAACAGGAGGCUGAGAGCUUUAGGGAGCUAGAGGCCCCUGCCCAGGGCAGCCCACCCAGCCCUGGUGAGCAGGCCCUGGUCCCUGCUUUCCCACUGGCCAAGCCCCCCAUGAACAAUGAGCUGGGAGACAACAGCUGCAGCAGCGACAUGACUGAUUCUUCCACGGCAUCUUCCUCAGCAUCAGGCACUAGUGAGGCUCCUGACGGCCCUACCCACCCAGGCCUGCCUGGCCCUGGCUUCCAGCCUGGCGUGGAUGACGACAGCCUGGCACGGAUCCUGAGUUUCAGUGACUCUGACCUCGGCGGGGAGGAGGAGGAAGAGGAGGAAGGGAGUGUGGGGAACCUGGACAACCUCAGCUGCUUCCAUCCAGCUGACAUCUUUGGUACUAGUGACCCUGGUGGCCUGGCCAGCUGGACCCAUAGCUAUUCUGGCUGUAGCUUCACAUCGGGCAUCCUGGAUGAAAAUGCCAACCUCGAUGCCAGCUGCUUCCUAAAUGGUGGCCUUGAAGGGUCAAGAGAAGGCAGCCUUCCUGGCAACUUAGUGCCACCCAGCAUGGACGCUGGCCAGAGUAGCUCAGUGGAUCUCAGCUUGUCUUCUUGUGACUCCUUUGAGUUACUCCAGGCUCUGCCAGAUUAUAGUCUGGGGCCUCACUACACAUCACAGAAGGUGUCUGACAGCCUGGACCACAUCGAGGCACCUCACUUCCCCCUGCCUGGCCUCUCUCCACCUGGGGAUGCCAGCAGUUGCUUCCUGGAGUCCCUCAUGGGCUUCUCCGAGCCAGUCGCUGAAGCCCUAGAUCCCUUUAUCGACAACCAGUUUGAGGACACUGUCCCAGCAUCUCUAAUGGAGCCUGUGCUGGUGUGAGGACCAGGAUGCCUUUUCCCAGCCCCAAGGGACCUGUUGCUGCUUUCUUGUAAUUGUGGGGCUCCCCAGAGUCUCUGUAACAGUCUCCCACUGGCUGGCUCACUCACAGGUGCCAUGCGCACACUCCUGGUUUUCAUACAGUUCUCUGGAUUUAUUUAUUUGUUUUAACUUUUCUGUGCUGAAGAGAGGAUUGGGGGGAGGGGCUUCCCGUUUCAGCUGCCCGGACCCCCACACCCACAGUUUGCUCUUCCAUCUCCACAAUGUGAGCCUGGAAGAGGAGAAAAUGUGGCUCCUCUGGAGCUUGGCAGACCACUUUUCGGUCUUUGCAUGAUGUUCCUUAGCCCAAAGACGGUGAGACAGGGCUGAAAUCAGGUGGCUUCUGCCAUGCUGAGCCCUAGACCCAUGGGUGGCUAAAUCCUCUGGACUGUGAAGACUAUAAUUUAUUUCCAUAAUUUAUUUGGAGAUUGAGGAGGCUUUGGUUGCACCUCUCUGGCUGGUGGGUAGUGCCGGGGUGGGGUGGGCACAGGCCCUCAAGGAGCCCCUUUUGCCUUGUAGUCUUAUACCUUGCCCUGCCUGGGCUUUGGUGCAGACUGGGUGUGGAUUUGAGCUCUAUGAUCUGUGUUUGCUGCCUGGCUCCUGGAUGGCUAUGCAGGCAGGUGCUGGCCAAGGACAUCAUCUAGGCAGGGGGAGAGGCUGGGCUAACCAGCUGUGACCAAAACUCCCUUCUGCCCCACCCUGCCCCCUCCACUUCCUGCCCUCUGUUCCAUCUUCCCCUUCCCCAAAGGCCGUAGCCUUUAUUCCAGGCCCAGGGAUGUAGGAGGGGGAAGGAGGAAACAGGAGGCCCAGAGAGGGCAAAGGGCCUACCUCGGGCGCGAACCAUGCCCCAGACUAUUAUCUCAGGGCUUUCUGGGCACUGCACUUUGGCCUGGCCCACCUGCCCAUGCCCUGAGGCCAUUUGGUGAGGGGUGGCUCCUGAGAGCUUUUAUACCCUUUGUUUGCUAAUGUUUAAUUUUGCAUCAUAAUUUCUACAUUGUCCCUGAGUGUCAAAACUAUAAUUUAUUCCAUUUCUGUGUCAGUGCCAAGAAACGCAGGCUCUGGGCCUGCCCCCUUGCCCAGGAGGCCUUGUCAGCCUGUGUGCUUAUGGGAACACCUUGUACCUGAGCUUACAGGUACCAAUAAAGAGGCUUUAUUUUUAA